AAUAACCAUGCCUCCCUUCCCAUCCCCAACAACAAAAUGGCACUCUAAAGCCUACCCCUCCAUAUCCCCUACCCUUCCCUCCCUCUCUGCCAAAAACAAAACAGUCCUAAUAACAGGCGGCGGCACCGGCAUCGGCGCCGCAACAGCCCACCACUUCGCCGCAGCAGGCGCAUCACGCAUCGCCCUCCUCGGCCGCCGCAAACAACCCCUUCUGACCACUAAAGCCUCAAUAGAGCACCAAUACCCUAACACUGAGAUCUUCAUAUUCCCCACGGACAUCACAAACCAAGACGAAGUAACCACUGCCUUCGCAACCUUCGCUGCCGACACCAAAAUCAACAUCCUAGUCAGCAACGCCGCAACAAUCGGGCCCCAGGGCCCCAUCGCCAACGUUAACGGUGAACAAUUUAUCUCCUCCAUUGAGCAGAAUCUAAAAGGAUCACUAUUCACGGCUCAGGCUUUCCUCGCCAAAGCCGCGAAGGACGCAGUCGUCAUCGAGACUUCGUCAACCGCCGCGCAUCUGGACUUUGGACCCGGGUUUGCGGCAUAUAGCGUUGCAAAGAUGGGGGUUGUGCGGCUUUGGGAUUCUGUUGCGUUUGCGAAUCCGGAUCUUUGUGUUUUUCAUGUUCAGCCGGGUAUUGUUGAUACAGAUAUGAAUCGGGAGGCCGGGGGGAUUGAGGCAAUCGGCUAUGAGGAUGAUGUUUCGUUGCCGGCGAGCUUUUAUGUUUGGCUUGCAAGUUCGGAGGCAAGGUUCUUGAGGGGGAAGUUUUUGUGGGCGAAUUGGGAUGUGGAUGAGCUUAAGGCGAGGGCUGGGGAGAUUGAGGGAAGUAAACUGCUUAGUGUUGGGCUUGUUGGGUGGCCUUUUGGGGAAGAUGGAUGGAAGGCUACUUGGAAGGAGUAGGUUGCUUUGCGUUCUCGGGUAGUAUUUGAGAGAGGGAUUGUAAGAGGAGAGGAGACUGUUGUCUAGUCUUGUGCCAGUUGUACAGUGGUGAUAAUGAUUUUGUGUAUUCCGAUCGAUUG